AUGGAAAUUCAUAUAAACUUGGCUCGCCCCAAAGACCCCAUCGAUCUUUCAUCUGCGAGAUUUCCGACCACCACGAAGCAGAGGUUAAUGGAUGGCGAGACGCCAUAUUUUCCCGAAGAAAUCAUCAGAGGAAUUCUCAUACGACUUCCGGUGAAAUCCCUAAUCAGAUUUCAAUGCGUCUCCAAAAAAUGGAAAAAUCUCAUCAAGCGUCCAUCUUUCGUCGAUGAUCACCUCCGUCGCUCUACUCAUCAAUACCCUUCACUUCUUCUUUGGAGAUAUCCUCAUCCAUACCCUCCUUCAGUUCUUCCUUGCAGACAGAAUGGAACUUCAAGACCUUUGCAGCUACGUUUGAUGGAUUCUGAGAUGCAUGUUCGUGAACUUCAAAUCCCACCUUCACUACUCGAUUCCAAGUUGAACGUUAAGAUCGUCGGUUCCUGUAAUGGUUUGGUUUGUGCUGAAAUCAAUCAGUACUACGAUAGAUCUGCCUCACGCAAUUUCCGCAAAUCCAUUUUGUUGUGGAAUCCUGCCACUGGAGAGGUUAAACAAAUCCCUAGAACCAGAACUUAUGAAACUACUGAGUGGGAUUGCAUUGGAUUUGGGUUUAGCCCAAUUGUUAAUGAUUAUAAGAUAGUGCAAAUACAUGUUACCAUCCAUUAUGGUAGCCCGAUUGAAGUCUAUUCCUUAAGCACAGAUUCGUGGAAGGAAAUAGGAACUGAGAACUUAAAGGGUGUACGUCCCAAUGGUGAUUGGGUCACUGUCAAUGGACGUAUGUUUUGGCGAACUCUACGAGGAAAAGUGGGGGGCAAGGAACAAGGUUAUUUCAUUCUUUCAUUUGACAUAGCGACGGAAGUGUUUACAGCGAUACCAUGGCCUCCUCAAGUAUUUUGUCGUGGACAUUAUUGCGAUCUAUCUGUGCAUAAUAAUAAACUUGCUAUAAUUCGUGUCCCUACAAUUGGUCAUUUACAUUCUUGGAUCGAUUUGUGGGUAUUAGAGGAAGAGGACGGUAUAAGUUCAUCAACAGGAAGAUGGAGUUGGACUGGAAAAUUUCCUAGCGAUAUUUGCUCAGGCACGACAAUGAUUCCUAUGACCAUUUGGAGGAAUAACUUUGUCUUCUUUUCUGAUGAAAAGCCCAUACCUACGAAUGGAAGUGGCAGCGAAAUGGAGAAUGAUAAACAAAGGGUUUGUCAAUCUUUUACUGAGAUCAUUAGUAUUAAUGAGGGUAGGAUUUCUAUGAUCCCUGGAUUCUAUGAUGAUGUUUUCAAUCACGUGGAAAGUCUCGUACCAAUUGGCAACAUUCACCUUGAAGAACCUUUAUUCUAA